CGAGCCCGACUAAACGAUCAGAACCGACUCAAGAGCCACCAAAAGCGACCGCGCGAACCUAGUAAUUUCAUGUAGCGAGCCGCCGAGACGCCGAUGGCUCUGUCCGCCCUAAUCAGCACCAUCCUCGCCGCCGUCGUCUGGUGCGCCGCCUACCUCGCCGCCGCCAUCUCCUCCGCCUUCUAACCAACCCCACCACCCCCAAUCCCCUCCUCCUCUGAUCCGCACCCCCGCCUCCCCCUCUCUAAACCCUACUCCAAACCCCUCCCCGAGUCGCUCGCUCCCCCGCCAUGGGGUACGCGCAGCUCGUUAUCGGCCCCGCGUGGAGCGGCAAGGUUUCAUUGUGGAGAUGCUGAGAGUGGCUUGUUCUAAUCCGUUCUUGAUGCUGCCGUCGACAUACUGCUCCAGUUUGUACGACCAUUGCGAGACCAUGGGCAGGACAAUUCAUUUAGUCAAUCUCAAUCCAGCUGCAGAGCGCUUCAACUAUCCUGUAGAUACGGAUAUUAGGGAGCUCAUAUCAUUGGAUGAUGUUAUGGAGGAGCUUGGGAUGGGACCAAAUGGUGGCCUUAUCUAUUGUAUGGAACACCUUGAAGACAGUUUGGAUGAUUGGUUGCAUGAACAGUUAGAGAACUAUUUGGAUGAUGACUAUCUUGUCUUCGAUUGCCCUGGCCAGAUCGAACUCUUCACUCAUGUCCCAGUUCUGCGUAACUUUGUCGAACAUCUGAAACGGAAAAAUUUCAAUGUUUGCGCUUUAUACCUUCUUGAUUCGCAGUUUGUCAGUGAUGUAACAAAAUAUACCAGUGGUUGCAUGGCUUCUCUUUCUGCCAUGAUUCAGCUUGAACUUCCUCACAUCAACAUUCUUUCAAAAAUGGAUCUGGUCUCCAACAAAAAAGAUGUAGAAGAGUAUCUGGACCCAAAUGCACAGGUUCUUCUGUCACAGCUGAAUCGACAGAUGGCACCUCAGUUUGGCAAGUUGAACAAGUGUUUAGCUGAACUGGUUGAUGAUUACAACAUGGUGAAUUUCAUACCACUUGACUUGAGAAAGGAGAGCAGUUAUACAUAUGUGCUAUCAUACAUCGACAAUUGCAUCCAGUAUGGGGAAGACGCGGAUGUGAAGGUUAGGGACUUAGAUCCUGAGGAGGACGACUCGUCAUUUGAUCCUAUAGGAAGUGCAAACUAGUUGGUAUCUUGUAGCGAACCCAUUGGUCUAUGGGGUAGGCUUUCAAGUACACGCAUGCAAAAGCAUCGCGAGAUGACAAUGAUGCCUACCUGAUAUGUAGAUCAAACGAGGCAGAGUACUAUUAUCUUCAAGCUCCUGUAAAUUAGCUUUCCUUGUGUGGCUGUCAACUAGCUGCUACUCGAAUAUCGUAUUCUGGAGUUUCCGGGAGGGACA